CCCUUUUCACUUCCUCUAGUUUCACGGCUCUCGUUUGGUUGCUAAGAAACGGGACCUAAACAGAAAGGAGACCAGUGAUGCAGAGAAAUUGCAGUCGUUUGAAAAAAAGUUAGAAUUCAACUGAAGAAAUAAUUUAAAAAACAAACAAACAAACAAACUUAAAGCAUAUGCAGCGUGACAGAGGAAGAAACCAUUUUCUUAAAAGAAAAGCACUAUGGACCUGAGCAUUCGGCAGCUUUUAGCUGCGGCUGAAAAGCAUAAAGACGUUGAGGCUUUGAAGAAUGCAUAUGACUUGAUCAAAGUGGGGGCCAAAGAAAGAGUGACAGUUGAUACAACAGCGAGCUUCAGUCCUGAUUUAUAUGUUCUCUGCGCAGAGCAAGCCUUCCAGCUGGGUAGCAAGGAAACCAGCAAGAACUGUCUACAGAUGUACUUUAAAGAAAAACCGCCAUCCAAUCAGUUUCUUGGCAGAGCGUAUGUGUGCCAAGGCCAGAUAAAUGCACCGGUGACUGCUGGAAAUCCAGAGGAACUGGACAAGGCUGCUGUGUAUUUUAUGAAAGCAAUUGAUUUUUCAAAAAAGCAUCCAAGAUACCACUUUAUAACUUUCAAUGCAUCUGUUCUUUACUGGACAAUGGUCAGGCCAUUUCUUAGGCCUGGCUUCCGUCGAUGUUUGAUCCCCACCUUAACUCAGGUUGUGAAAGCACUUGAAGAAAUUGGAGAGUCCGACUUCAGCUGGAGGGCGCAGCUAAUGUUGGAACUGGUGGAGUGUUUUUUAGAUGCUGGAAAAGUAAAAGAUGCAACCGGGUUUGCCAAAGGCACAGCUGAAUUCAUUGAAGCAAAUGUCCCCUUUAUGUACCAGAAGAUAUUUUCACUUCAGGUCCGUCACAAAUUACUAGAUCCUGCUAAAGCAGCCAACAAAGCCAAAACCAACCUUGGACUAAGAGUGAUUUUUAAUAUACAGCAACUAAAAUCUCAAUUAGAAUCCUUGGAGCCAUUAAAAGACAGUACAACUAAGCUGAAAAACAUCUACCAAUAUCUGAUGCAGUCAGAUGCAGAACAUUCACUAUGUCCUUCUGAUGACUCACCGACUCCCCAGAUCACCAACACAGAGAGGAUUGCUUUGCUGGUAGACCUAGCUCAUCUUUCAUUGGAACUAAAGUGUCCUCAUGUGACAAAAGCUUGUCUAUCUGAUCUAAAGAUGUUGGGAGUUACAGACAAAAGGAAACUUAUUCAGAUUGAGUGCUUGCAAUGUGAACUUGAAUUGCAAACACAUGGUGGUAAGGCAGAUGAAUAUUCCAGAAGCUAUGUGGAGGCACAACAGAAAAUGAUACAAAAAUUAGACCAAACUUUACAGAAUGCUGUACGAUUGGGGGACAUGAAUGCAAUCCAGGUAGUAUGUGUCACACAGUGGAAUCUUUGUAUGCCACUUCUUCAACACAAUAUAAGAAAAAGUAUCAGGAAACAGCUGAUCCGGGUGGCAGAGGUCCUUGAGGAGAUAAACAGCUUGAUGUUUCAGCUGCGUUGCAAGAUCCAUAUAGAGAUAAGUCAAAUUGAAGAAGAUGAUGAUCGAAUAGAGGAUGCCAUUCAACAUGUUCAUAAAGCAAUACAUUUGGAUGACAAAGGAGUAUAUAGAGAGUGCCUCCAGACAUCUCUUCACCUUCUUACUCUACGUGGGAUGUUGUACAAGAGACCUGACCGACCAGAGGACCAAGCUGCAAUGACCAUUGAACAGGCAAAGAAAGGAAAUCCAAAUGAUGGUGUGAGAAAGAAGCGUCCCCUGUUGGUUAAUGCUGGCAUAGCUUUAGCCCCUGAUGCCUUUCAAGUUGUUCUUGAUGGUGAAAAUGAAGCUAAAGUUUCCACAGCAAAAAACAGAAAUAGUCUAAUAAGCCAACUUUCUGCAAAAGCCCAGCAUCAUACUUCAUCAAUACAAAAGAUAGGUGGACAUCUAAAAAGAUUAGGAAAUCACAAUGACAAAGAAAGAAUGAGACUCUGGGCAACUUUAGCAAAAGUAGCAAGAAAGCAGGAAGUGUGGGAUGUCUGUUGUACCGCAUGCAGGUUCUGUCUAUUGUACGAUGAUGAUCGUUGGAAAGCUCCAAAAACAGCUGAUUAUGAAAAAAAAGAUGAUGAAGGGGCAAUGGAAGGAAUUCUUGGUGAUGUUAGUUUAGCUCAAGGAUCCCCAAGAAUGAUAAAAGAAUCAUCGGAAAAGGAUUUAAUACGAAUACUUGCCCAAAUACGGUUAAUUUGUGCAGAGGCAACUAUUUACAAGUUAAGAUCAGAAGGAAUCCUGCUUAAUGACAAAGCUAUUCCACCAGAGGACAAAAGUAAGCAUCCCAUAGGAUUUAUUAUGAAAAAUCCAGAAACUGACCCAGAGUGGAUAAUCUACAGGGACUGGAUCCAGUAUUUGUCCAGCUAUGCAACAGAGAACCUUUUACGAGCAGCGGAGCUGGGAGUAGAGCUGCAUGAAGACUGGAUUGUUUGCAAUGCUGCUGUGUACAUCUGGAACUACAAUAACCACCUCAUUAGGUCUGGAAGGCAAAGGGAGCUUGUUGAUACUCUCCAGACAGUACUUGCUGCUCUCAAGCAAACUGGCCACAGUGGAGAAACUGUGCUUUUGGUAAUGCUGUGCAAUACUUUAGCCCAGGGCUUGAUUUAUCCCUGGAUUCCAAGCUCUGCUAAAAACAGUGAUGAGAAGAAAGAGGCAGAGAAGAGAGAGCGUGAAAAAUCUACAACAAUUGAAAAAAGCAAAAAGGGGUCUGGAAAAGGGACAGAAAAGUCAAACAGUGUGCAAACUUUUUUGCUUGAUCAAAAUGCUCUGCAGGAUGUAAAAAAAGCGUUGGAGGUUUGUGAAUAUGCACUGAACUUGACCAAUGGUAAUGUGCCUUCUGAAGUAGUUCCCAUUGAUAUAAAACAGCAGAUUAUUGUGACUUGGAUCAAAGUGAAGCAGCUUCUGCAACAACAAAUUGGUCCAAGGCUUGAAAUUGAUGAUGAGGGAAAAAAUGAUACCCAGAGUGCUAUGACAAAGGUACUGGUUGGACUAGAAAUGCACUCAUGUAAUCAUGCAAAGUUAAUGGAAUUCUCUGCUCCUAAUCUCUCUGUGUUGGCGAAGAUGACCUCCGAUUGCAGUUGGUCUGAUCCAGUUGUUGAACUGCAGGCAUGGAUGCAGCUUGCACACUUUGCUAAUUUGCUUCAUGAUCAUGAAUUAGUAUUGGUGUGCUCCCAGAGGGCAAUGCAGCUGGAAGAAGCAGCUGCAAAACAAGCUAAAUUGAAUAAGCAAGAGAUAUAUGAUUAUAAAGUUGUGCAAGAGAUGUUGAGUACUGCUGCCUGUAUCCAGGGACAAAGCAUAAUGCAGACCUCAGCAGGAAAACCACAUUUACGGAAAGCAGCUUUGAAUGUAUUUGAAUUGAGUGCCUGUUAUGCAGAAAAAGCAAAAAGCAACAAACUUGUUAUGGUGGCAGCUCGACACUUCUGGAAUACUUGUUGGCCUCUUAUACAUUCACCAACAGAUAGAGAAAUGUUAUUGGGCUCAAUUAUAAAGAUACUAAAGGCCAUCACUACUAGUUCCAAGGGGAAAACGGAUGAAUGGGAUAAAUUGCCUGCACAGGCAAGCAUAACAUUUGGACAUUCCACUGCUACAAGUGCACCACCAGUUACAAGUGUUGGAAACCCAGAAGAGGAUCUUACUUUGAGAGCAGCUAUGUAUGGACUUUUGUUCCAUAUUUUUGCAGAUAGAAAGGAAUGGGAAGCAGGACUAAAAGUUCUUGAUGAAGCAAUCAAGGAAAUGCCCAGAACAAAGCACAGACUCCUUAUUUUCAAGCACAGGGUUAUCGUGAAAGCCAGACUUGGUCACAGUAUAAUGAUGGAUAUUCAGAAAUUCAAAGAUGAAAAUGAAGAUUAUGUUUCCUACAUGUGGCAUCGUGUGGCACUCUGCUCUAAGGAAACAGUAGAGCAGUUAGCAUGUUAUCAGAAUGCCAUUGGAUCUUUGCAGAAACCAGAGAGUGACUGGCAGAAGGUGGAUUACUUGCUUGAGUUUGGAGAAUGGCUUUACAAAAAUCAAUUCCCUAUUACAGAUUCACUUUACCAGAUAGAAUGGGCGAUUGAUAUACUUCUGCACAUGACGUAUUCGGAAGAUAACCAAGAUUAUGAGGGGCAUGCUGAAAAAGACAACAUAAUCCCAGUGAAACAUCGGUCUGAGAUUGGAGUGCAAAUUGCAAAUACCAGCCUGUCUAUUACUGACUUAAAACAUGUGAAACAGCUCGAGGCUCUCAUUAGAGCACACACAUUAAUGGCAGUCAUUUCAAGCUGUGCUUCUCCUCAACACCAACAGCACUGUCUUAUGGCUUAUGCUUACGUAAUGCGCAUCUGGCAGGUAUCAUUGUCAGCUGCUGGCCUGAUUAUCAAAGAUUCACUGAAAAAUCCUUCUGCUCCUCCUUCCCGUUCUACUCCCAUUUCCACUCCAAAGAAAGACAAAGAAAACAAAUCCAAACAGCCUCAACCUCCAGUUCGAGAGAAACCAAAGCAAAAGGGGCCACCGGAUAGUUUGCCUUCUUAUCCAGAGGAGUGGGCUGGGUAUGACUGCCCUAAUGAAGUCAGACAGGCCUUUAAACAGGAUCUAAGUUUUUCUUCUGUCAAUGAGAGGAACAUCACAAAACCUACUCAAAGCUUGUUCUAUUUGGAUCAGUUAGUGAAAGAGCUGAAGUUUUUGUCACUGCCCCAUUUGACAUUGCCUGUUCUACAACUUGCUGAAGUAAUUGCCCAUGAAGUAAUGGACAGCAAGAGUCUAUCUGACCUCUACCAUCUAAGAAUUGCACAGAUUUCUUCAGGGCUUGGUUUUAGUCUAUUUGCGACAUACCACGAGAAGGUUGUUGGAACAGUGUUCAUACACGAGGAGGAACAGAUCAAGUGUCGACAAACUGUUGUUUUGCAUAAGGAGAAACAAAUGCAGGCAAUAAAAGAGGGAACACCAAAGAUUUCAGAUGAAACUCAGUUGGAAAAGACCUUAAAGCUUAUUGACAGUACCUUAUCUGGAAAGAAAAUAAGUGGGCUUUGUGUUCAAGAUAUGUGGAUUCAGAAGGCUGAAAUUCUGCUUGAAUUGGGCUUGUACCAACCAGCUAGGCAUCUUUUGCUAGAGGCUCAUAUGACUGCCAGGGAACUAGAUGACAAAGCAGCACAGGCCCAAUGUUUAUAUCUCUUUGCUGUGCUGGCGAAUUCUGAAAUGAACCAUGGUCAAGCCAAGGCACUACUGGAAGAGGCACAGAGUAUUGGAGGGGAUGAAAACUUCUGGUUUAAUUUGACACUUUGUCUUGUGAAGGCCAUAAUAGAAGAAAACAGUAAAGACAAAGACAAUAUGGCCUGUAAAGUUUUGGAACACACAAUUUCAGUGUUUAGAUCUGCCUUGGAAGAGAGACCCAACAGAGUAACAGUACUAAGAUUCAUGAUUGCAUCGUUGGAGAGCAAGUUGGCAACUAUACAGAUAGAGUCAUUACAACAUGAAACUGCCCAUGUGCUCCUGCACCCUCAGCAAGUAAAGAUACUUAUGGCAUCCUGCGAUACAUUAAACCAGUCUGCAAAGGAUUUCUUUAAGUAUGGCUACAAAGAACAAGGAGUGGAUGCCAUGCUAGAACAUUCAAAAGGGUUACGAAUGCUUGCUAAACACACAGACGAUAAAGAAUUCAAGUGUCGUUGUCUGUUAGACUCCUAUUCCCUGAUGCUCCAAGCAGUUACAACAGAGGAGGAAACAUUCAACAAUACACUUAGCCUGUUGCAACCUCAAGAGAUGAGAAACCUGACUUUGCCUUUGUUGAGAAAGCUGGCCAAUCUGAAAUUCAGCCUUGUGGACUUGACCUUAGAUAUGCUUCAUUUGGUUUGCGCUGAAGAGAAGCAGCAAGCAUUAGCUGAAGAAAGAAAAGGCUCAGUACAGAAAAUUGUGGAAGAGUACGUGCGUUGUACGCCAAACUAUUCUUCUGUACAGCAGGAAUGGGUCACAACUGGGAAGACCUUGGGGCAAGUUGCUUUGGCACAACUUGAAAGUAUACAUACUCUUUGUUCUAGCUCUGUGGAAAUGAGGGCUAAGUGCUUGUGCCAGAUAGGAAAGUGUCUACGAUUGCUAGCAGUUCAGAUUGACCCACUUCAUCCCUCAGUUCAGUGGGACAGUCAAUUUGUGGAGGAAAUUAAGCUUGCUUUAAAACAAAUUCAUGUUGAAGAAGAACAUUCACAAGAAACAAACAAUUUGGGACACUACCCCAUUACGCACCAGGGAGUGCUGCAAUAUAUGUCAAAAGCUAUUAGGCUUAAGGAUGCAAGGAUUGUGGCACAGCAGUACUUGGCUCAAGCUAGUGAAGUAUUGGCACAAGCCAUCAGUUUAUCUCUUAACAACAAAUUCACUGAAAUCCUGGCAGCAGCUUGCCUUAAUAUGCUUGAAUGUCUUGGACAAUUCGACCCAGUUUCUUCAGGUCAAUACUUGGCUCUGUAUCAGAGUUGCCGUGCAUCUCUUAUGAUGGGUGAUAUCUUGAAAGAAGCUACCUCUGACACUAGCAGCUCCCAGCUUGCAGCUCUACUGCAUCUUCAGCAUCAGAUACAUCAAACAAAGGCUGAUGGAACAAACACUCUUCUCAAAACAGUUGAGCAAAGGCUUACUGCGAUUUCUAAGUCCUACGCAAACCUCAGCAUUAAUCCACAACAUCUCAACCACCUAAACGAACUUCCACCUAACUUUAAGAUUGUCAUUCUUCAGCAUUCUGAAGACAGGUCUGUUCUGUAUGGAGCAUUUCUGGACAGAUUGAAAACCACAGGGAGGGGUAUUCAACAAGCGGGCACAUUGGUUCGUACUAGAGUUGCACGAGCAGCUGUGGACCCAGAAAUAUUCUCCAAGCUGCUUUCAAGAGUUCGUCUUCAUAAGAAAGAAGUGAUGCAAGUACUCCUUAAAAAGGAGUACCAGCGUAGCCACAAUGCACAGCAGAGGAGCAUGUUAGAAAACUUACUGCACAACACCAAGGGAGCACAUAAUGAAGCCUCCAAAGUAACAAAAGAUGAGCCAACACUGCUAUCAAACUUCAGUGAAAUUGUGAAACACUUGGAGGAUUAUCUCAAUCCUGUUAUCUCCCAAUUUGACUUCCCAGGUUUGAGAACGCGGACUCCAUCAGCCUCAACUGCAGAGUCAGGGAAAACAAAAGACAAAGACAAGGAAGACAAACCUGCAGCUGAUAAAGCUUUACCAGGUGCGCCUGCAGAUAUGGGAGAAUGUGUCAUUCUGCUGGCAGACACAUUGCUUAUGGAGCUGCCUUUGGAAGCAUUGAAAGUCCUUCAAGAGGAUGGGAUAAGCUCAGUAUCAAGAGAUUUCUCACUGCAGCUCCUCUACAACCGUAUGCACAGGGAAGAAGGAGCUGAAAGUGACAACAAAAAGGAUGCUAAAAGUGCAAAAGGACCAAAAGCAAAAGGAGAUCAAAAGAAGUCUAUCAAAGGGGUUCCUGUCAGUCGAGUUUUACCACCUAAUUGCAUCUCAGUGGACACACACAACAUCAAAUAUGUUGUGGACCCAUAUAAUGAAGCAAGAGAAACAGAAUCGGUGAGUCCAGUGCAUAAAAUGAGCAGAAUACUGGAAACCUACAACCAGCAAUUUACACCUUAUUGGGAAGGAGUGAUGGACAGAGGACAUAAUCCGAGCCAUGCCGAAUUGGAACAACUGAUGAAUAGUUGUAGUGCAUUUAUUUUUUAUGGAACAGAACGAUUUCUGGCAAACUUCAUGCCUUCUAAACUUGUUGCAAAGAAUUUUCCAGAGUGCCAGCUGGUGAUCAUAUUUGAUCUGGUCCAGAGCAGUCUUAGUUUCUUGCGACAGUCAAAACUGGAUGUAGAAAAAAGUGCAUUGCAGUUGUCACUGGAAAGACCUCUUGAUACAGCUAUUCUUUUGAGUCUCACUGGUGUUCGCUCCAUCAUGGCUAACCAGUGGCAUACCACUCUUCAACAAAAUGCUGCAAACCUGGACAUAAUAUUUGAAAAUCUACUGAAGCUGGGACAGACAGCUGGCCAGUCAGUGCGUGCUGUCCAAAAGCAUGGAAUGCAGAAUGAACCUAUAGAAGCAGAGGAGCGUCCCAGAUCAACCAUUAACAAUGAAGGGGCUGUGCUUUUGGUUUCUCACGAAAGCAAGAAAGAGGAAUUCUGUAACAGUGAUCCUCCAGAACAUACCGUCCUUUUGCUUUCAUCUUUCAACUAUGUGUUAUAUGGUCUUCCUAACCUAGUUAUAACAUGAGUUUUUAAAACUAAAUGUUCAUGAGUGCACAGUAGUAAUAUAUCUUCUUUCCAUAUUUGUAAUACAAUCUAUACCCCCUCUUCAUAAAAUAUACUUAAUCUGUAUCAUAAAAUAAAAUAUUGUGUUUGGAAACAAAUGUUGAUUUUUAUUACCACUGUAUAAAGACUCCCUGGAGGUAAGCCUGUUGUUAUAAAUGCAAAGCAUUCAGACUG